AUGGCAAUGAAGUUGAUUUGUGGUUGUCUUCUGGCAGUUGCCUUGCUUGGCUGUCUGGCUGAUGCUCAGUAUCCCCAGCUGCCUAAGCAGAAGAUCCAGUCUCCGCUGAGGCCCCAGCAGACUGCGCCGUAUAUUCCGCCGAAGACCCAGCAGGCUACGCAGUAUAAUCAGCAGAAGCCCCAGCAGACUACGCAGUAUAAUCAGCAGAAGCCCACGUAUACAGAACCAUUUCACAAAUGUGAAGUUGCUGAUCGCUUCAAGAUACAGUGUGGAGCUCGUGGCAUUGAUGCUGCAGAGUGUUCUGCCAUAGACUGCUGCUUUGAUGGAGCCAUGUGCCAUUAUGGCAAAGCUGUGACUCUUCAGUGCACCAAGGAUGCCCAAAUGAUUGUGGUGGUGGCUAGAGACGCCACGCUACCAAAUAUCGACUUGCCGUCAGUUAAUUUCCUUGCAGAGGAUCCAAAGUGCGAGGCUGUUGGCGUCACUUCAGCUUUUGCCAUCUACCAGUUCCCCGUCACUGCCUGCGGCACAGUAUUGAUGGAGGAGGCCGGGGUUCUUAUCUAUGAGAACAGGAUGUCCUCCUUAUUUGAAGUCGCUUUGGGACCCUACGGAAUAAUCACCAGGGACAGCCACUUUGAGCUGCUUGUACAGUGUAGAUAUAUCGGCACCACAGUUGAGGCUUUGGUCGUUGAGGUUGGCGUUGUCCCUCCACCACCCUCAAUAGCAGCUCCUGGACCUCUGCGUGUGGAGCUGAGGCUUGGCAACGGACAGUGUGUUAGCAAGGGUUGUUUGGAAGAUGACGUCGCCUACACCUCCUUUUACGUGGAUGCCGACUACCCCGUCACAAAGGUGCUCAGGGAUCCUGUGUACGUUGAAGUCCGAAUUCUGGAGAGGACUGAUCCCAACCUUGUCUUGACUCUUGGAAGAUGUUGGGCAACUUCUAACCCCUACCCUUAUAGUCUUCCUCAGUGGGACUUGCUGAUUGAUGGCUGCCCAUACAGUGAUGACCGUUAUCGUACUGCCCGGCUCCCUGUAGCCUCAUCAGAGGUCUCGUACCCAACCCACUACAAACGUUUUGUUUUCAAGAUGUUCACAUUUGUAGCUCCUGAACUUAGCAAUCCAGGCAAGGGAGGUCAACAAGUUCAAGGCCAGGUUGGUCAACAAGAUAAAGGCAAGGGAGGUACUGCGGAUGAACAGGUUAUGGUUCCUCUCCACGAAAAGGUGUAUAUCCACUGCGACACAGCUGUGUGCCAACCCACUCUUUCCAAUUCUUGUGAAGCCAGCUGCUCCAGAAAGAGGAGAGAUGUUGCUGCUUCAAGCCUGGGAGGUUCCAGAGAUGAGACCAAAUUGGUUAGCAGUCACGAGCUUAUCAUCAUCAACUAA